GGAAAAGAAAAGCGGUUUGUAUUUCCUUCUCUUUGCUGCGUGAUAGCGGACGACGGGAAGGAUGCAUCACGUGUUCCAUCAGAGUCCUUUUCAAGGCGAAACGGAACGUGUUCUCUUUCCCUUCCCUUCCCGUGUUGGCGUGUUGUAUUCAAAUAUAGCCUCUACGGUGUCUUUUCUGGGAUUCAAUUCCAAGUUGAUGAGAUAAAAAGGCGAUCGAUUGGUGGGUAUUACUUGGAACGACUUGGUAUUUAUUUCCUUCCCACCCAGCCACCCACCCACCACCCAAAGCGCCCAGCAUUUCCCCAUUUGGUUUCGUUGAACGUCCGACCUAGGGGACAAGCAUCCACCACUUCGGAUCGUGCCUUCUUCACCAGGAUCUGGGGAUUCUGCGCGCCAACAAUUAUUUUCUUCCUAUAUAUUGCCAUCUUUACUUCUACAAUGGUGGCAACAUUGGAGAUAGGUCUACGUGCUAUAUCUGGGGCAGCAUCUCCCCAAUUUUGUGCUGGUUUUUUUGUCAGCACUCCGCAAUUGGCUUUCCCAUCCAAAACCCGUAGGAAAUACUGGCGAAAGAGUUUUCUGUACAGAUCAUUAUACGCGACAUCAUGGACACAGAACAAUUGCUUGCGGAGUUGUGAGCAUGAGAAGGUCAAUCACCGUUCCCAGUCUUUCAGUUGUCAGUGCCAGCGAGCAGAAGAUACUAGUGGGAUCGCCAACAGUGAUGCUAAAGGAAGCUGGUACACAAGUCAGAUCCCAGGUGACCUAAAUGGCCAGAAAUUCGCGACCAAUGGUUCACCAUAUAGGUCAAGAGGAAGUGCUGUUGAAGAUGAAGCAUGGCGUCUUCUACAGGAUUCUAUGGUGUAUUACUGUGGAACCCCUGUGGGAACGAUUGCAGCAAAGGAUCCAUCUGACAGCAGCAGCAAUGUCCUAAAUUAUGAUCAGGUUUUCAUUCGGGACUUCAUACCUUCCGGAAUGGCUUUUCUUUUGAAGGGAGAAUAUGAAAUUGUUCGCAAUUUUAUUCUUCACACGCUUCAGCUGCAGAGCUGGGAGAAAACUAUGGACUGUCACAGCCCUGGUCAAGGAUUGAUGCCUGCAAGUUUCAAGGUUAGGACAGUUCCGCUUGAUGGUGAUGACUCUGCCACUGAAGAGGUUUUGGACCCUGAUUUUGGAGAAGCUGCAAUAGGACGUGUGGCACCAGUUGAUUCAGGAUUAUGGUGGAUUAUUCUCCUGCGUGCUUAUGGAAAAUGUUCUGGUGAUCUCUCUGUGCAGGAAAGAAUUGAUGUGCAGACAGGAAUCAAAAUGAUUUUAAAGCUUUGUCUAGCUGAUGGCUUUGACAUGUUCCCAACAUUACUAGUAACAGAUGGUUCAUGUAUGAUAGAUCGACGUAUGGGGAUCCAUGGCCAUCCUCUUGAAAUUCAGGCACUGUUCUAUUCAGCUCUUUUAUGUGCUCGUGAGAUGCUUGCACCAGAGGAUGGAUCAGCAGACUUAAUUCGAGCAUUAAACAAUAGGCUAAUAGCAUUGUCAUUUCACAUUAGGGAGUAUUAUUGGGUAGACAAAAGAAAACUCAAUGAGAUCUACCGAUAUAAAACAGAAGAAUAUUCAUAUGAUGCAGUGAACAAAUUCAACAUCUAUCCUGAUCAAAUUUCUCCAUGGCUAGUAGAAUGGAUGCCUGAUAAAGGAGGAUAUUUUAUUGGAAAUUUGCAGCCUGCUCAUAUGGACUUCAGAUUCUUUUCUCUGGGAAACUUGUGGUCUAUAGUAAGCAGCCUCACAACAACUCAUCAAGCACAUGCAAUUUUGGAUCUUGUUGAAGCUAAAUGGUCUGAUUUAGUGGCAAAUAUGCCAUUUAAGAUAUGCUACCCUGCUCUUGAUGGUCAGGAAUGGCGCAUUAUCACUGGAAGUGAUCCCAAAAACACGCCUUGGUCAUACCAUAAUGGAGGUUCAUGGCCGACAUUGCUCUGGCAGCUCACGGUUGCAUGCAUCAAGAUGGACCGGCCUGAAAUUGCUGCAAGAGCCAUUGAGGUUGCAGAGAAGCGCUUAGCAUUAGACAAGUGGCCUGAAUAUUAUGAUACCAAGCAAGCACGUUUCAUUGGCAAACAAGCUCGACUCUACCAAACUUGGUCCAUCGCAGGUUUCUUGGUGGCAAAGCUGCUUUUGGAAAAACCAGAUGCUGCCAGAAAUAUUUGGAACGACGAGGAUGCAGAGAUUGUCAAUGCAUUGAAUAUUUUCCCAAGGGGGAAACGGGGUAGGAAAGCGUUGAAGAAAACAUACAUAAUUUGAGAUGCACUUGAUUCCUUUUUAAUUUGGAAGAUGGCAGAAUAUUUUACUGCAGAAUCUCUUCAGGCUAUGAUGAACAAAGGAGGCAUACAUUUCUGUAUUGCUUUGGUGCAUCACAGUUUUAUAAAUGUGUACAUAAUAAUUCCUGGACGUCAUCUUGUUAUUUCCCCCAUCCAGUUUUUGGAGGGAUAUUGUAAUAGAUUAGUAUGUAGCUGAUGCUGUUGAGGGCUCUUUCAGCUCCAAAUUGGAAGUGGAAUAACGUGGAAUCUUUGGAUCCUGAAA